AUGGGUAACUGUGGAGAAGAUAAUGUUAUACUUUUUGUACAACUUCCACCUAUAAUUUUUAUUUCUGCUGGUUCUUUAAUUAAACAACGUUUGGGAAUUAAUAAAAUAAAUCAAUUAAUUAAUCAAACAAAUAUUCAAUUAUUAACAAGUUCAAAACCUCCAUUCAGAAUUUUAUCUAAUUUAAUUGAAAAUAUUGGAAUUUUAUUAGAAGAAAAAAAUAAUUUAGUUGUAGAUAAUAAUAAUAAAUUAAUUAAUAAACAACAACAAAUAAAUUAUAAUCAAAUACCAACAACUCGAAGUCAUAUACCUUUAUGGGCUUGGGCAGUUUUUGGCGCAUGUGGAAUUGCUUUUUUAUUAAUGGCUUUAGGUCUUUUUGCUAUUACUAGAACAAAUACAAGAAGGGGUUGCACUCAAGGAAAAAAGUUUAAAUGUCAAGGGCAUGCAGCAAUGGUGGCUAGAAGACAUUGGAAAGAAGAAGAGCAAUUACAACCAGCACAACAAACAUAUGUAAAUUUAGUUCAAAUGCUUAUGCCUCAUCCAAAAGCCCCACCAACAAAUAUGCCACAACAAGUUUAG